UUUUGCAUUUUUGCACUAUUUUGUAGGCAAAAAGAGCGAGGAUCUACAAUUAAGUCAUUUGUUUGAUGCACAAAAUCAAAAUUAUUGCGUUAAAAACGAUCAACGAAACGAAUUGACGCCACUAAGUGACCGCUAUCUGUGGCGUCUUUGCUCCCUAUUUUCUCCUGAUUUAGAUUGUGAUGGCAUUUAUAAUGCAAUAGCGUAAGAGGGCGGGGAAGCCAGUGUACGAGCGUUAUGAUAGGCGCUACGCUGACUGGCUGAACGAAUUCAGCCAGCAUGCGCAGGGAGGGUCCGCUCGUCGGUGAGCGACCAGACGCCGCCUCGCCCUCCAACCGUGGACCCAUGAUUCUAACGGGUCCCAUCGCUGGAGAUCGUCCGGUUGUGUUCCGCGUCUCGGGAAGGACGGAGCUGAAUGGACCUGACCUGCUUAUUCAGGUUUGUUUGGAUCGCGGUUGGAUUUUAUUUGACGAGGAUGCCCAUCACGUGGACAACUGGAACAUUUGGUGGCGCAACUCUCAUUUCUCCAUAUCCCAGCACCGGCUGCUCCAGCCGUGGCAGUUUGUCAACCACAUUCCGCGAGCCAACUCCAUCUGUCGGAAGGACUGUCUGGCGAGGCACCUGCAGAGGAUGAACAAAGUCUACGGCAACAUCUACAACUACAGUCCACAGACGUACAACCUGCCGCUCGACUACACCAAACUGGUGGCCGAGUACACGCGCAUUCUGGAGGAGGGCGACAAGGCCACCUGGAUCUGCAAGCCGGUCGGCGCCAGCCAGGGCAAGGGCAUCACCAUAUUCUCGGAGCUGUCUACGCUGCAGUACGACUCGAACGCAGUGGUGCAGCGCUACAUCCACAACCCGCUGCUGAUCGCCGGCUACAAGUUCGACCUGCGCAUCUACGCCUGCAUACCCUCCUACCACCCGCUUACAGUCUACCUCUACGAGGAGGGGCUGGCCAGAUUCAGCACAGAGAAGUACAACAUGAUGUACUUGGACAACAAGUUCUCACAUUUAACCAAUACGUCUUUGAACAAACUGGGACCAGCCUACUUUGUUGAAAAGGAACGAAUUGGCGCAGGGAGCAAGUGGACGCUGUCGCAGCUGCGACACUACUUCCACCAGAUGGGCGUCGAGGACUGGCUUCUCUGGCAGCGGGUCAACACCAUCAUCUCGCUGACGGUCCUCAGCCACAUACAGGACGUGCCCGUCACCCGAAACUGCUACGAACUCUACGGGUUCGACAUACUGAUCGACUCGGACCUGCGCCCCUGGCUGAUGGAGGUCAACCUCAGCCCGUCGCUGACCGCCGACAGCGACGUCGACAUCUAUGUCAAGAAGCCGCUGCUCAACGACCUGUUUGACCUAAUCGGACUGCCGACCUCGCUCAACGACCCGACCAUCUCGCCGCAGUGGCCCGUGCCCGACGAGAAGCUCUUCACCAGACCGAAGACGGUGCAGGAGAUCCGUGAGCAGAACGCCGCCCGGCGGCGGAGGAAGGAGGCGGAGGCGGACGAGCAGCAGGCGGCGCAGCCGGUCACCAAGGAAGCCAGCUCGUCCUCGGUGCGCCAGAAGCGUCUCAAGCAGCGCACGGCCUCGGAUCGGGCCGACGACGCGGCCAGCGCCAGCGACACGGACACCUGGCCGGACUGCGGGCGCCGCCGCUCGGACGACUGUCUGACGGUGAUCUACAGCUCGGACCGGCAGAUGUCGUCGGGCUCGGUGGCGCUCGACUGCUGGCGGCGCGCCGACGGCGACAGCACGCCGCGCUCGGACACCACGUGCGCCGGCUCCGAGCCCGGCCUGGUCGAGGAGCCGUGCGCCGCCGCCGCCGGCUCCGACCCCGAGCUGGGGCCGCCGGCCGGCGCCGGGUCGUGGACUGAGCUGCGCGCGCGCCGCUGCGUGUCACGCGAGGGCAGCGAGGUGCUGCUGCGGGGGAGCGGGGCUCGGCCGCAGCCUUCUGGUAGCGAGGGCCGGCCGGCGCGGCGCGGCUCGGCCCGGGCCGCCUCGGUGGAUGACCUGCUGCACAGCCCGGCCAGCAUUAAAUGGGGGAAGAGCUCGGACACUCUGGAGAGCGGCAGCCUGGAGGCGCGCAGGAGAAAGUCCAAGGACAAGUUCAGGAGGGAGGACGGCGCCGGCGGGAAGUACCAGAGAGCCAGAAAGGCUCCGUCGGACGAGGGGUGCCGGUCGCGGGGUAAGCGGACUUCCAGCGCCACCACGCUGAGCAGCGACCGCACGGUGGCCUCCAGCGCCGACCCGGAGCCGAGUGCCGACUCGGGUGCGGCCGUGGAGGCGGGCCAGCGCGGCUCGCAGCUGCAGGCCGCCAGGGAACUGGAGAAGCCCGACCCGAAGAUCCCGCUGAAGGUGCGCUCCUUCCUGGACAAGCUGCGUGCCGAGAAGGAGAGCUGUCAGGCGCGCGCCCUCGAGAGCAGUCGCUCGGAGCGUCAGGCGCGCAGGACGCGCCGGCAGAACAAGCGCAACCCGUUCUGGGGCGGCGAGGAGGGCGGCCAGUCGAUGGCCUCUGCGGUCACCGUGCUGGUCAACGAGCUGGGCAUCAUCACCACACUGCGGCCGGUCAGCAACGGGCUGCCCUCCUACCUGACCUGUCAGACCCACUACCUGGUGCCCAAGGGGCCGCAGCCGGCGCCCACCUCGCCCUGGGUCAAACUGUCGCAGACAAAGCCGGCCUCCGAGCCGCUGUGCGGCCGGCCCGGCGGCGAGGAGCGAGAGAUGCUCAUGCUCGCCUACAACUGGCACGCCUUCCACAACAAGUGGGGCAACGGUCGCGACUGGCGGUUCGCGCCGCCAAAGGUCGGCGGCUGGUGUCGCACGUUCCCCUUCAACGGCGAGACGCGCCACGCCUGCGAGGACCCCGUGGACAGCAAGGCCAUCGUCAACGAGGUGUCCGCCUACCUGCGCUUCGCGCGCAAGAUCGCGCUGCAGGCGCCGCGCUACGAGCCGGACGCACUGACACGCCAAUUCAAGACCAAGUACUGCCGCCACAGCGAGCUGUGGAUGCCCUGCAUGUAGAACCGCUGCCGCCUGGGUCGGAUACAGUACUAUAACCUGCGCACUGAUGUGAUGGGGCGCUCAGGGCGGACCCGCCAUUGGCCGGGGUCUAACGCAUUCUCCUAUCCAGCCCCGAGGCCGUGAGGGCGUAACGUGUGAUGUCCAGUUUCGAGUGUCAUCUUGACAUUUUAUGGUGCGUAUAGGCUACUCUUUAGUUCUAACAAACAUCUCAGAGCAAUCUAACAAGCGGGCUCGGCUGUUGCCAGAGCCUCGGAGACGCUCAGGUUUUGCGUGUGGGAAUAUAUUUGACUUUUCCCCAGCUCAGUCCACUGGCAUACCGGACAUCAUGGCUUACCAAAGUUUGUGGCUGGUGCGUUCUGCCAGGUCUUCUCUCAAAAGUAACUUGAAUAUAAAUUACAACUUGUCAUCCGUGUGAAAGUCGUCGACUUCUCUGUGUACUUCUUGCCACUUCCUCUCCACACCGUAUUUAACAGCGGAAAUAAAACUUCGCUAUUUUAUAUUUUUGACUAUCUGAAUAAUGAAGAAUUGACAGAAUUGGUAACGGAUUUGGAACUGUUAUUUCGGAAUUCGGAUUUGUAAUUUUACUGGAAUGAAUAUUGGUAUGCGAAUUGCGAAACUUAGCUAAUGUUUUUCACCUUUAACAUUUUAAGCAUUAAAUAAUACUCAUAAUCCUAA